CCGGGCACGUCCCCGGUGCCGCCGUCCCCCGCUCCGUUCCCACAGGGCUGUCCCCGCCCGCCCCCCGGCAGCUGCCAUGUGUCUGCUCGAGUGCGAUUAACACUGACUCGCCAAAUCCCCCCCACGCCCGCUUCCCCUCCCCGGGCCAUUUGGGGCAUACACGCGCCCCGUGUUUACACGGCGGCGCCUUCGCGCGGAGCCUCGCUGUGGAUGGCGCUGGCAGAUGAGCCGGGGGAGGUGGGGGCUCCGCGCCGCGCAGCGCCCGCCGCCGGCUAUAAAAGCCUCCGGGCCCAUGGGCGGCAGCGCCAGGAGAGCGGCCGCGAACCGGCGGAGGAUGGAGGGCGACUGCCCCCGCCCGCUGUCGGCGGCGCUGCCCCCGCAGGGCUACUCGCCCCUCUCCUCCUCCCGGUGCGGGGGGCGGCCCGAUCCGGCCCUACCCUCGCCCCGCAGCCCCGCGCCCUUCUGGAGACCGUGGGUGCCCGCGCCAGGUGAGGCGGCCCGGCGGAGCGGCCCCGGCCCCGCAGCGCCUCACAGCCCCGGCGGGCUGGCGGGAGGCUCCCGAAAGCUGGCGCAGUACACGCACCCCGUCAAACUAUUUUGGCCCAAAUCACGGUGCUAUGAUUACUUGUAUCAGGAAGCUGAAGCACUUCUGAAAAACUUCCCGGUUCAGGCUACAAUUUCCUUUUAUGAAGACUCUGAUAGUGAAGAUGAUGAAGAUGAACUGGAACAAGAUUCAAGAACAGAAUCAGGUUGCUGACUGCAGGGAAGGCCAAUGCCACUUCUAAGACUUAAUUUAAACUUAAUAUAAAUAUGUAUUAUAGUAUUUUUAAAGAUAAUUUAUUUCUAUGUAAGUUAUUCUUAAUAAAACUGAGAUGUCUUGUAAUUUUA